ACGUCGGUUUACUGACUCGAAAGGAUCAGGUUUUAGUGCCGUCGUCUAGUCUGCGAGACUCUGACUAUGCACGCUCAUCGGAGACUCAAUUACCUUUGUCGUUAACUAAUUAAUGUGUUUUAGAAGGGAAAGACAAGCUGCUGAAGGAUAUGGCAAUGGGAAGGAAUGCACAAUUGAGUUCCGAAAUUGACCCAGGACCGAGUGGAGAAUCGGGCACAACUACCUCCUCCUCCAGCAGUAAUGAACCGCGGCGGUUCCCUCCGGCGGCUCAGCCGGAGAUCAUGAGAGCUGCCGAAAAGGACGACCAAUAUGCCUCUUUCGUUUACGAUGCCUGCCGCGACGCUUUACGCCAUUUAUUCGGUACAAGAGUUGCUGUCGCUUAUCAGAGUGAGACGAAACUGCUGGGACAAAUGCUUUAUUAUGUAUUAACAACAGGUUCUGGGCAGCAAACGCUUGGGGAAGAAUACUGUGACAUUAAUCAGGUUGCAGGGUCACAUGGACUACCUCCAACACCUGCAAGGCGUGCUCUUUUCAUUUUAUAUCAUACUGCUGUUCCUUACAUUGCAGAAAGAAUUAGCUCAAGAGUUGCUUCACGUGGCAUAACUCUUGCCGAUUCAUUGGCUGAUGACCCCUACAGCAACUUUGCAUCAGAUAGCUCUCAGAUUCAUUCUUCUGUAAUGAUUGACCUUCCAUCUUCCUCCACAUCAGGGGCGUCGGUUUCUUUCCUAUCAAGGCUGAAGCAGAAGUUCAAUGGACUCUGGUUGCAUGUAGUUCACCUGUGGCCCUCGAUGCUCCCUAUAGCCCGUGAAGUGUUGCAAUUGAUUCUUCGCACCAACCUCAUGUUUUUCUAUUUCGAAGGGCUAUAUUACCAUAUAUCAAAACGUGCAGCUGGCAUUCGUUAUAUUUUCAUUGGAAAGCCAUCAAAUCAAAGGCCAAGAUACCAAAUACUGGGAGUAUUUCUUCUAAUUCAGCUAUGUAUCAUUGCUGCUGAAGGCCUGCGGCGUAGCAAUAUAACUUCUAUUGCAAGUUCAGUUCAGCAAACUUCCUUGGAGCCCCAUCAAACUGCAGGACGAGGAUUGCCCGUCUUAAAUGAAGAAGGUAGUUUGAUUCCUAUGGAAGCUGGCAGAGGAGGUUGGGUCUCAGAUUCUGCAUCAACUUCUGAGUCUAACAUGAUAAGUGGGGCGAGCAAAUGCACACUCUGCUUGAGUAAUCGGCAGUACCCAACUGCUACAGCUUGUGGUCAUGUUUUCUGCUGGAAUUGCAUAAUGGAAUGGUGUAAUGAAAAGCCUGAGUGCCCUCUCUGCCGUACUCCUAUAACUCAUUCAAGCUUAGUUUGUUUAUAUCAUUCAGACUUUUAGCUUUGAUAAAGAUGGAGUUUGCCUCUGCAAACCGACAUAGAGAACAUAAUUGAAAGUUUCUUCUGAUUGAUGAUGCAAAAGAUUUAGUGAAGUCUGAGAAUAAAGGGUAAGAAGGCCAAUUCUCUCUGAUGGUGACUCUAGGAAUAGUUACUAUUUUGAGGGUGAGUUUUCAUUUCCCUGCUGAAUUAAGAUGUACUUCUCUAGACUCUGGUGGAAGAAUGGCUGCAGAAAACUACAGGUUGUUGUAAUGCAAUGAGAUAAUAAAUUCAGUGUAUUUUAAAUCCACAUACUCAGUAUUUGCUUACGAGCAGAGGCAAACCAUGCAAGUAUUUGAUAGCUCAGAACAGGUUGAACCAGCUUGAUCAAAACCACACAAAGCAAUGGUUUUAACUACUACUACUGUUAUAUCCUGUUGUGUAUAAAGUAAAAACCAUGUUACUUGCUGUUGAAUGAUGCUGAAUUAGAUAUUGCAAAUGACAAAUCAAUGGCAGGACAAGAAAUUAAGGCUUGCAUUGGCUAA